UGUGACCGCACCCUGAAAGGGGAGGAGAUUCAAGAGUGAGGACUGGUGGAUUGAAGUUUUUGUUUUUGUUUAAAAUCUUUAAAGUCAAACCUGUGUUUGUAGUAGAUUCUAAAUAUACAUCCUUAUUAUUAUCUACCUUUAGUUAUUGUUUUUGUCCAGGGGAGAGAACUCUUGACUUAUGGACAGCUGCAGGUUGUGAUGACGCCAACAGCCCACCUUUUUGACUGCUUUGAUUGAAAUGACCCUAACCCUCUUUACAUGUCAUGAUACAUAUUCAAUAUUUUAAAUAAAAAUCUCCACAGUUGACUUAUUAAUGUCACGUUAUCCGACUGUGUGCGGCUGCUACCCAGAAACAUGACAUCAGAUUAUCAAAUCAUUUCCCUGAUAUGUAAAUAUUCAAAACAUCUUCAGGGGAAAAGAUCCCGACGACGUCUCAAACAGAAGACACCAGUCUGAAGAUGAACGCUCUUCUUCUGCUCUUCACCGUCGCUGCUUCAGGACUGUGUGCCGAGUCACCACAAGUGAAACGACGGUACUUUUUUUAUUAUGACCACAAGACCCGAGAUGAAGCCCGGGCCUUCUGCAGAGACAAACACACAGACCUGGCCACCAUAACCAGCAUGGAGGACGUGGACACUCUGACGAGCAAGGCCGAUCUAAGCCAAAUGUGGCAGAUUGACGACGGCAAUCGAGCCUGGAUUGGUCUGUACGACGACGUGGACAGCUGGAGCUGGUCACUGUCAGACCCGAGUUUCUACGAUGAUGGAGAGGCCGAGUUCAGACAGUGGUUAGGAGGAAUACCUAACAACGUAGGAAGUAGAGAACAUUGCACAACCAUGCAUUCUGACGGAUUAUGGAACGAUUUGCAAUGCACGGAUAACCUUAAGUCAGUCUGCUGCGACGCCACAGGGUCGAAUGUGACCUUUGUCCUCAUCUCCACCGACAUGUCAUGGACUGAGGCCCAGAGCUACUGCAGAGAACACCACACAGACCUGGCCAGUGUGAGAAACCUGGCAGAGAACCAGAAGAUAAAGGAGCUGAAGUGGUUGGAUGGCAGUAACUCCUCGUUUAGGUACUGGAACCUGGGCUUCUCAGAGCCUAAUAACCUCUUUUCAAAGGAGGCUUGUGUAUCCGCAGACUUUGGCAACUUUGGGAAAUGGGAGGACUGGCCCUGUGGCUAUAAGAGAUCAUACAUCUGCUACACUGCAGGGAUCACUCAACAGGUGAUCAGAGUGAGUGUGCAGAAGAAGAAGAACCCCUCUGUGGAUCUGAACCACUCUGCUGUGAUGGAACACAUCCUGCAGCAGCUCCGACAGAAGCUGAGGGAGGAGGGGCUGCAUGAAAACAUCCGACUGAGCUGGAGGACGCAGCCGGGUGGAAACGUCUUCCAGAAGGAGGAGAGCGAGGAGAAGAAGGAAACGCCCGAAUGUUGAAAAGACUUUGUUUGUUUUCCUCUUUUUGUGAAGUGAGAUAGAGCAUUGAUAAGAUCCAGCUGUUUGUUGAUUAUUUAGUCCUUUUAACCAUUUUCAAUAUAAACAUCUGUUUCUGUAUUUAUUUAAAGCUUUGAUUUGUCAUAGACUGAGCUGCAAUAAACUUACUUUCAGUCGGUCAAG